GUUGUAGGUCGUCGACACUUACCCGAGCAUAAUUUCAUGACACCUUGUAGUGCUCAAACUCGGAUCAUUGAAAGACAUCUUUUCGAGCUUUACUUCCCCUUAUCUCACCAUCAUGGAAGAAGAAACGUCUCAGUCAACGUCAGUCUCGCCGAGGCGAACGAGACAACGGGCGAAGCUGGCCAAGGCGGCAGCAGCAGCAGCAGCAGCUCCUUGCACCUCAACUCAACCCAGGAGCCACCCGACUCUAUCUACCGCAGGUACCGCGAGCAACGAAACGGCCGGCAUAAGACCGCUGCCGACGAUACUAACCCCGAAUCUCAAACUCAAAGACCUGGGGAAGCGGGGCCUCCAGCGACUCCUGCAGAAGCGCCAACGACUCGCAGAGACCCCCGUGGCAAUUCCGGACGACAUGAGGCUCAGAGGUCUCGCGCCGUCACUCAUGGCAACCCUCGUCUUCGCCCAGGAGGAGGCCGGCACGGCGGUAUGCAUCUCGCCCGAUGGCCUCCUCCUCACCUGCGCCCACUGCCUAGCCGAGACGGCCGACGCCUUUGACCCCUCCAGAAGCCAUUGGCUCCUCUUCGCCUCGUGCCAGGUCAUCGAGGCGCGAGCUCUCGCAUGGGACGCCAGACGAGACCUCGCCCUCUUGAGGAUCGUAGCAGCCCAACCACCACCCCCAUCAUCAACACCAUCAUUAUCAUCAUCAUCAAGAAUAACAACAGCAACAACAGCAACAACAGCAACACCAGAAGAACCACCCCCGGCGUUCCCCUUCGUCACACCCUCCCCUACCCCGCCGCCCCUCAAAGCCCGCCUCGUCUGCGUGGGCCACCCAGGCAGCGAGGAUCUCGAGGCCGCGACCCCAGGCGAGAGCACCGGUUACGAUGUGCUGCACCUCAGCACCGGGACCUUUAGGGGCCUCGCCGGCGGCAGCCAGGACCCGCAGGACAACUCGGAGAUCGGGGCGCUCAUGCACACCUGCUGGACGUACUGGGGCCACAGCGGCGCGCCGCUCGUCGACAGGCGGGCGGGCACGCUCGUCGGCCUGCACUCCUCGUGGGACGACGAGACAGGCAUGCGGAGGGGGGUCGCGCUGGAGGCCAUUAUAGCGUUCCUGGACGAGAAUGAGCGUUUUACAAAAUGAUGCAUCAAUGUAAGGAAGGAGACCUUUGUCUGUUUGGAUGUUUCUGGAUUUGAGCCGAAGAGUCUCGUCAAACCAGACCAAGCCCCGAGAGGUAUUGUUCUAAAGGCAAGAGCAGAGCUAGAAGAUAUCAAGGAUCACUCCUGCCUGUUGCAUCCCAAACUGUUACCUACCAGCUCUUUCCGUCAUCCAAUCAUCUCUCACUUUCUUUCUUUCUCCUUGCUUCGGUGUCUCAGGCUGGUUUUCGCAGAAGCUCUUCAAUUCUGUAGGAAGCCAGCAGAGUUUCUUAUACACAAAGGUCCUUCACUCGGCUUUCUUUACCUUCAGAUCAUCAGCACACUCCCUGGGUCUCUCUCUCCAUUUCGCCUUUUGAGCAGCAAUCAACCGUUAGCCAGCUCCUGUAACACGCACAGGUGCUCUUCUGUUUUGCUCAAAAUCACUUCGUUUUUCUCUCUGAUACUUGGCAAAGGAAGUCGGUGAUCUUGAGGUACAUCAAGUAGCUGCAACUUCGCACUUCACAGGUUAAAGAAACGUUCACCUCCACUCUGCUUCUAGCUACCUAUACAGCUUGGAUUCAAAGACUGCUGCUCCAAUAGCUCCUUGUCAAACCACCUAACGCCUUCUCU